UUCUCUGCAGAAGAAGAUCAUGCUAAACAUGUUUUUGGACACGUUGAUGGCUGAUCCUCCUCCCCAGUGCCUUGUGUGGCUCCCUCUCAUGCACAGACUCGCCCACGUUGAAAAUGUCUUCCACCCCGUGGAGUGCUCCUACUGCCACUGUGAGAGCAUGAUGGGGUUCCGCUACCGGUGCCAGCAGUGCCACAACUACCAGCUGUGCCAGAGCUGCUUCUGGAGGGGCCACGCCAGCGGCCCCCACAGCAACCAGCACCAGAUGAAGGAGCACUCCUCCUGGCUUAAAAAUCCCCAAACACUGCCCUUGCUGUCCUGCCCAGAAAGGGAACCAGUUCCCAGGGAUGCUGUGCUUACACAGGGAUUUUAUCCAGGGGCACCUUUAAAGACAGUAUUUCUCUGAGAGAAAAACACAUU